GUCAGCAUGACCUUUUUUACCUCCAGCUUUGAGUGAAUCGCAUGGAACAACAUCACCGGCAACUCAUGAGUUACAGAUAAAAGAAAUUAAACCAAUAUCUCUCGAUUCACAAUGCCUGCACUUUGGCCCUUAAUUUUGGUGAUGUCAAUUGGCAUCACGCUUUUCAUCGCAUGGAUGAUACUCACGUCAUGUUUGGGUGAAGGAGCUCGUCGUCAUAUCUCAGGAAUGUCAUACAAUCCCCGAGAAGCCAUAUAUGACAGUAACUACUUGGGAGCCAUCACAUCCAAUGGACACGGUACUUGGAACCAAUUUGAGAUGCAAGAUAUGUUGGGAGAUCAUAUUGAACAUUCCGAUUCCGAGUAAAGUUUCCUAUCCUUCUCCAACGCCGGUGCUAUGCUAUAUACAAAAUUUGUCCA